AUGUCCACUCAUACAGGUAGAGCUUUUUUGAACUCAUGUUUAAAAACACCAAUAGAUCCUUGCAAUAACUGUCCUGCGCCUAUUUACAACCGACCAAAAAUUUAUUUAGGGCGCUGUCAUAAAACAAAAGUAAAAUCUACGAAGCAAGUAAGCCCUUCCGAGCCAGAUACAGAAACAGAAGAGUUGGUUGCAAAUACUGAGAUUCGUUCUUUAGCUGAGCUUUACGAUAGUAUUCCAAAUUACUGUGAUAUUAAUCAUUUGCCAGAAGCUGAGUUUUACACAACUUUAGAAACAUUACGUAUAACUUGCGAAAAUUUGAGAACCAAUGAACCAAAUACGUCGGAAUAUAUUGAAAAUCAUAAUACGGGCAUGUCCACAAAUUGCAAUGCUAAACAAAUAACUAAAAAGAGACCGACACCUAUUAUCAAUAUAAAAACGGUCCAGAAAAAACCAAAUACCGCAAUAACAACAACCAAUACAAAAUCGAAUAUAUCUACACCAUCUGCUUGUCUACGACCUAAUAACUCUGCAGCAUUUACCUGUCAAAAACCUAAUACACUUUCACCAACGACUUGUACUAGGACUUUUCAAAAGAAACCAUACGCUCAUAUACGUUCAAAAGUUUACCAAAGAAAGCCAACGAUAACUAUUAAUGGAAAACAGUGCCAAAGAAAAUCUACAACAUAUGCUGAGUUUAAACUAAAAGAGAAAUUACAGCAUCCACCAUUUUUUCAAGAUGACAUCGAUGCGGAGACAGCAACAUUUCAGAAUUGUCGAAAAGAAUUCCAAGCUGAAGUUCAAGCUUUCAAAAAAACACUUAGGGAGCUAGAAUUGGAACUUACCAGACCAAGAUCGUUUAAUAUAUCUGAAAUUAAUGAACAAACAGUUUCUACAAAUGAUUUAUGUUCAUAUCGAGAACGUUUGAAAAAAUCAUUUUCUGCUAAUGAUAUCGGUAAUUACCGAUGGAUAUGGAAUGAGGAUCCUAUUGAAACAGCAGAAAAGGAAAUCUUUAAAGCGAUAUGUUCACCAGAACCGCAUGCGCACUUAAUACAGCCAAUGAAUUUGAGUAAUGGAAACAAUAGGGAAGAAACGAAAGUAUGCAGUGAAAAACUUAAGGAAGAAAAUAGAAUUAUAGAACCUAAAACUAAUCCAACUACUUCGAAUGAAAUAUCAAUGACUACUACACCUACUAUAAUUGAAACUCCUGUAAUUAAUUUAACACCAGUUUCUAAAGUCAGUAGCAAUACAGAUGUCUUAAAUAUUGCAAAUCUUAAAGCUAAUGUAGACACGAAGAACCUAACACAAGAGCAAACAUUUCCUAUGUGUAACACUUCGACUUUAAACAAAUCAAAGAUUCAUUAUCCGGCAAUAAUAUAUCCAGUAGCUAGACAGAAUCUUGCUGCUACAUUGCGUGCUGAGGUUGCUAAAAAAAAACUAGAAGAAUUGGCUACUUAUGACAACCCAAUACCGAGCCCACCACCUUACGAUUGGGGAGUACGUAAAACUCCAGCUUGGAAGUCCUUAUCCUACAACGAAUCUCACAAAGAAAUACUCAACAUGCGUUUAGCCACACGCAAGGCUGAACAGGAAUUCCAACAGCGCGCAUAUGAGAAACAUUUAGCGCAAAUGAGAAUGAGAGUGAAAACGGCGCCGCUUUUAUUAGAAGGUAAAACACAUUGGGGUCCAACGGUUGGCAAAGUAUCACACACUUGCCGCGUUGACGAUGCAAAAUUCAAACAGAAAUUGAAACGUAGCAAAAGCUGCAAGAAACACAAGGUAAACGGUAGCAGCGGCAGCGAGACUAAUUUACCACUAUUUUGUAAAAUAUGCGCAGCUAGUUACACCGCAGCAUCUCAACCUCCAAACGAAGGAAGACGUACUACCAGACCAUUUACAUAUUUGACACCUGAAUUGUUUGCGGCACAUUUUAGUGAAAGCUGUGAGGAGCUAUCAAGUUCAGAUAGAGCUCAAUUGUAAAAACAUUAUUUCAAAAAAAGCAACAAUUUUUAGAAUACAUAAUUGUAUGCCCUACAAAUAAAUAUUAAAUGUUUAAAACAA